UUAUCGAUUCAACGUACUUCCACUGAGCGGAGUGACCCUCGACGAUUCCCCACUCGCCGAUUCAAAACGACCCCAUGGCCAUCGGCGCCUCGAUCUCUGCCCUAGCUCCCCCAUUUCCAUAGCUAGGGUUUUCUUUCCCUCCCCACGAUCCGCUCCAAGAUCUCUCCUCCUCCAAAUUGGAGGCAAAUUCUGGUGGCCGAUGGAGUUCACUGACGCGUACAAGCAAACUGGGCCCUGCUGCUUCUCGCCGGACUCCAGGUUCCUGGCCGUCGCCGUCGACUACCGCCUCGUGAUCCGCGACGUCGUCUCGCUCAAGGUCCUUCAGUUAUUUACAUGUGUUGACAAAAUUAGCUACAUUGAAUGGGCCCUUGAUUCAGAGUACAUUCUCUGUGGUCUCUACAAGAGACCAAUGGUACAAGCUUGGUCUCUAACUCAGCCAGAAUGGACAUGUAAAAUAGAUGAAGGUCCUGCAGGGGUUGCUUAUGCAAGGUGGAGUCCUGACAGCCGUCACAUACUCACGACAUCGGAGUUUCAGCUGCGAUUGACUGUAUGGUCCCUGGUGAAUACGGCUUGUGUGCAUGUGCAAUGGCCGAAACAUGCCUCAAAGGGUGUCUCCUUUACCCAAGACGGAAAGUUUGCUGCUGUUUGCACAAGACGAGAUUGCAAGGAUUAUAUUAACCUAUUGUCUUGUGAUUCGUGGAAAAUCAUGGGUGCUUUUGCUGUUGAUACUACUGAUUUAGCAGGUGUUGAGUGGUCUCCAGAUGAUAGUGCCCUAGUGAUUUGGGAUUCACUUCUGGAGUACAAGGUGCUGAUCUAUUCUCCAGAUGGAAGAUGUUUGUUCAAGUAUCAAGCUUAUGAAAGUGGGUUAGGUGUGAAAACUAUUGCUUGGUCUCCAUGCGGUCAAUUUCUAGCAGUGGGUAGCUAUGAUCAGAUGCUGAGGGCUUUGAACCACCUGACCUGGAAAAUGUUUGCUGAAUUUAUGCAUGUAUCCACAAUUCGCAGCCCCUGCAGUGCUGCUAUAUUCAAGGAAGUGGAUGAGCCUUUGCAGCUUGACAUGUCUGGGUUAUGUUUGAGCGAUGAAUUUCCCCAUAAUAUACAAGGCAACUGUCCUGAAAAUCCUGCUGAUGGAAUCUCUGGAGUCAAGUACAAAGUAAUGGAUGUUCCUGUUAGCUUGCCAUUUCAAAAGCCAACCGUAGAUAAGCCCAACCCUAAACAAGGAAUCGGUCUCUUGUCAUGGAGUCACGACAGCCAGUAUCUCUUCACUCGCAACGAUAACAUCCCAUCUGUACUUUGGAUAUGGGACAUUCGACGCCUUGAGCUUGCUGCAGUUUUGAUGCAGAGAGAGCCGAUACGCGCAGCAGCGUGGGACCCAACGUGCCCACGUGUAUUUUUGUGCACGGGCAGUCCGAUCUUGUACAUGUGGAGCCCAUCUGGAGCUUGUUGCGUCAAUAUUCCAUUGCCAAAGUUUUUCAUAUCUGAUCUAAAGUGGAAUUUGGAUGGCAGUUGUCUUCUAUUGAAGGAUAAGGAGUCUUUUUGCUGUGCUGCGGUGGAGUCUUUAUUACCAGAUGCAGAUGAUAGUUCAGAUGGUUAAGAAGUUUUAGGCUUAUGUUGUAGAUGCAUAUUGCUGGUUUUUUUCCCCAAAAGGAAACUGUAUGUUUAUUCUAAAGUCAUCUGAUUUGCUGUUUCAAGUCAAGCAUUCAUCACCGUACUUGUCAUAUCAUUAUCAAGAAAUUAUAGUUAAAAGAAGGUUGCAAUGCU